CCUCCUCCCUACACGUGACAGUCCGCAUGACGCAUACGUGUCCCUCAGUGGGUGCUUUUAUUCUUCUUCCUCAGGGCGAAGAAAAAACACAGGGAGAGAGAGAGAGAGGCAGGCGCAAUGAAGGACAACAGCCAAGAAACGCCCAAAUCCUUGUCCAAGCGAUCGCAUUCGAUUAGUAAAUAUGCUGCGCAGUGUGGAAAAUGCUUUAAAUGGAGGCUGUUUGAUACACAAGUAGAGUUUGAAGACAUCAGAAGUAAAUUCAUCGAGGAACCAUUUUAUUGUGACAGAAAGCCGGAUGUGUCUUGUGAGGAUCCUGCGGAUAUCGAGUAUGAUGCCAGUCGGACCUGGGUCAUUGACAAGCCUAACAUCCCAAAGACUCCAGAAGGUUUUAAGAGAAUCUUGAUCGUAAGAAAAGAUUUCUCUAAAUUGGAUUCUUACUAUUCUACACCCACAGGUAAAAAAUGUCGAACACGUAAUGAGAUUGCACAGUUUAUUAAAGAAAAUCCAGAAUACGAAGAUGUGUCUCUUGCAGAUUUUGAUUUUAGUACGCCAAAGAUAAUGGAAGAAACAAUUCCAGAGCAUGUUGUGAGAAAGGCUUCUGCUAAUGGUAGCAGUAAUAAAAGACUUAAAAGCAUCGAAGGAUGAUCUUUGAGUUGAGAUCAUUUUGCGGGACAGCCAUUUCCGAAAGCCUGUGUGUUUUAGAUUAAUCUAGUAAGGAUGUUGUUUGUAUAUUCUUGGCAUUAACCGGAUAUAGACAUUGUGUUUGCAUGAUCUCUGAGAUUCCUUGUCAUUUAAAAAGAAAAUUUGGGAUAAUUCAUUUGAUCA